AUGGAGCCACCGGCGAAGAGGUCGCGAAAGCUUUUUGACGAUGACAGCUCCAGUGAUUCCGGAGAUGAGUCCGGGGGAGUCCCUGUCAACAAUGGAGUUACCUUCAAAGUUAAUGAAGAGUAUGCCCGUCGAUUUGAACACAACAAGAAGAGAGAAGAAAUGCAGAAACUGGAAUCAAAAUUAGGUAAAGGUUCUGCCUUUGGAAAACGCGGCGACGAUGAGUCCGGUGACUCUGACGAGUCGACCUCUGAGGAAGAGGACGACGACGGAGAACUUGCUACUGAAGCGCUUGAUGCGGAAAUUAUGGCAACCCUUAAGGCAAUUCGGACGAAGGAUCCGCGUGUAUACGACCAAAGCGCUACAUUCUAUAGUCAAGUCGACGAAGACCAAUCGGCAACUUCUGAAAAGAAGCAGAAAACCAUGACCCUCAAAGAUUAUCACCGAGAGAACCUACUUAGUGGCGCCAACUUAGCAGAGGAAGAUGCAUCGGAAGCUCCAAAGACCUAUGCUCAGGAGCAAGAGGAUUUGAAGAAUGCAAUUGUCAGGGAAAUGCAUGCGGCUACCAACAACGAGGAUGCAUCCGCCGACAAGGAGAGUGACGACGAUGAAGACUUCCUCGUUGCCAAGUCAGCCCCUGAGCCCGUAUCGGCGCCGAAGAAGGACGUCAAGCUGGACAUUGAAAAUGCGGACAAAGAUCCCGAGACUUUCCUGUCCAACUUUCUGUCAGCUAGGGCAUGGAUCCCUGCUGGCAGAGCAGACCUUCAGCCUCUCGAGUCCGAUGAUGAAGAGGAUGAUGCACGGGCAGAGGCAUUCGAAGAAGCAUACAACUUCCGCUUCGAAGACCCUAGCAAAAUCAACACAGCGUUGAUUACACACGCUCGUGAUGCCACGAACCAGCAAUCAGUUCGCAGAGAUGAUAAGAGCGGCAGGAAGAAGCAGAGGGAGGCGGAGCGCUUGAAAAAGGAAGAGGAAAAGAAGCAACGUGAAACGGAAAAGAACCGACUGCGCAAGCUUAAGAUGGAAGAGCUCCAAGAGAAGGUCAACCAAAUCAAGGAAGUCGCAGGCCUCCGCGCAUCCGAGUUCACUGACGAAGAAUGGGCCAAGUUCUUGGACGAUUCCUGGGAUGACCAAAAGUGGGAGCAAGAGAUGCAAAAGCGAUUUGGCGAAGAUUAUUAUGCUGGAGAAGAUCUUGUACCAGACUUUGACAAUGACGACGAGAAACCUGACCUACCGCAGUCCGAUGUUGAGAUGGAUGAUGCAGACGACGCCGAGGGCGAUGAGAGCGCAUCCAAAAACAAAAAGAGCAAAGCGCAGGAGAGGCGGGAUCAGAAGCGUGAAGCUCGCAAAGAUCGACUACGCAUUGAAGAGGCAGUGGAUCGUAAUCUGGAUCUGGAUAUUAACCUUCUCCCCGGUGCAAAGAAGCAUCAGGGCCAUUUCCGCUACCGUGAAACAUCUCCAAACAGUUUCGGUCUGACUGCACGAGACAUUCUGAUGGCUGAGGAUACCCAGCUCAACGAGUAUGCCGGAUUGAAGAAACUUGCUUCCUUCCGUGAUCCGGAGAAGAAGCGUCGCGAUCAGAAGAAAUUGGGCAAGAAAGCUCGUCUGAGGCAAUGGCGCAAGGAUACAUUCGGCAACGAAGAUGGUCCAGCGUUUGUUUUUGGUGGUGAAAGAACGGUUAACGAGAAAGAAGAUGCCACUGAUGCUGGAAAUGUCGAUAUCCGGGAGGGAGAACCCAGAAGAAAGAAGAGAAAGAGGUCGAAGAAGCACUAA